CCUCCGCUGUUUAUCCUACAGUAGAGGAAGCGACCCGGGGGGAGGAGCUUCAGAUUAAAAACACCGCGGGGAUGGCGCAGGUCCGGUUCAUGGUGAUGUAUGAUGACGAGUCGCUGGACGUCUCGCUGACGGACGGCUCUCGCCUCCAGGUGUCGCCCUGCGGGUCCGAGUACCUGCUGGAACAGGCUCCGCCCCCUCACCCCCUGCAGGAGAGACGCAGAGCGCGCCACAGGACCCGCUUCACCAUCAGCCGACACAGGGAUCUGCUGAGGGAUGUUCUGAAGUUCAGGAAUAAAUACGCAGCUCAGCCAUAUUUACCUGAGGAGCUGAUUCCCAAACACCUGAGACAGAAUCUUACCUCUGAGGUGUGUGAGGUAGCGUGGCCUUCAGCGGACUCCUCCACUCUCACCCGUGACUCAAGUGGGGGCGUGGCUGUGAGCUCGGUGGAUGGCCACGCCCAGCUGACUCUGUCCGGCUGUGGUCAGGAGUUCACGGCGGAGUUUACCUGUCGGAGCAGCCGGGACCAGAACCGGAACCAGAACCAGAACCAUCAGUGCUCCAGUUCCACAGGGGUCUCUGAUACUGACGACACGCCCACACCUGCAGAAUUCCCCGCCCACACAAGGGUGUUACAGCACCACUCCCGGCUCCACCCACCUCCCGCCUGGACCCACCCCCUCUAUCUAGCCCUCAGCCAAUGGGAAGCCCAGAGAGCUCAGUGCAGCGAUGCUGUUGGCCAGAGCGGUGCGGCUGGAAAGGAGAGAGAAUUAGGCCACGCCCACAUUCCUCCAUCAGAGACUGUGGUGAAGACACGCCUCCCAUUUCCUGUCCCGCUGACCUGCCCCGCCCCCCAUCAGCACAGGUGGCGCUAUGGCAGCGGAGCUUCUGAUUGGUCGGAUCUGAGUGCGUCGGCUGAGCUGGUGAGAGUGGUGUGGUGCCAAGGCAUCAUUUACCGGCUGAUAGGUGGCGCUGUGCCGGUGGUGGAGGUAUCUGCGGCUGACGGUUCGGUGAUCAGAUCUAACGGAGUUUUAGCUGAAUAUUUUACACACUACAGACCCUCAGCAUCCACUACAGUGGAGAGCGUUUAUUACCUGAGCGCACUUCCUCCUGACCAGCCCGGUCAGCCGUACUCCAUCAGAACCGUACUGACCAGAGCCAGCAGGCUCCUACAGUGCUACAAGCAGGCCAGCAGCACCAGAACUCCCAUAAUGCCUCAGUGUUGCUGGAGGACGGUGGAGGUGAAGCAGUGUGAGGUGAGUGUGAUGUCAGAUGUGCAGGUGGAGGGUACCGGUCAGUUUCAGGCUCUCUCAGACGGCACCGCCCACAUCAACUUUCUGGACGGAGUUCAGGUGCAGAUGUUAUGGAACACACACACACCUGCACAGGAUUCUGUGCCUCUCAGUGUGAGGGCAGAACUGUGUCAGCUCACUCUACCUGAUGGCCAGCAGCACCUGCUGCAGGUGGAUGGGGGUGGAGCUUAUCACAGGUAUCUGGAUGUAGCGGGUCGGUGGUGUAACUGGGUUAAGCAGAGUUACCUGAGCCCGAAUAGAGAUACAGCACCUUUACCUGAACCUGCGGAACCUCACACUGAUCAGCCAAUGAACAGCAGGUCUGUUCUGGAGGAGCUUCAGAAGAUCAGGAGGUUUAACUUUCUGCUGGACCACAACCCGGUUCUGAAACCUCCAACCCGUCCAACCCUCCUCUCACCUCAGAGUUCUGGACCGAACCCUGACCCCUCUGAUCUCCCCGUCACAGAUACCACCAUCUCAGAGGCUCUGCAGAAAACCAGCAAAACCAUCCAGGACAUAAACGCUCUACUGGCCCAAAACCACUAAACCAUCCAGGACAUAAACGCUCUACUGGCCCAAAACCACUAAACCAUCCAGAACAUAAACGCUCUACUGGCCCAAAACCACUAAACCAUCCAGAACAUAAACGCUCUUCUGGCCCAAAACCACUAAACCAUCCAGAACAUAAACGCUCUACUGGCCCAAAACCACUAAAACCAUCCAGAACAUAAUUGCUCUACUGGCCCAAAACCACUAAGCCACCCAGAGCAUAAACUCUCUACUGGCCCAAAACCAGCAAAACCAUCCAGAACAUAAAUGCUCUACUGGCCCAAAACCACUAAACCCAUCCAGAACAUAAACACUCUUCUGGCCCAAAACCACUAAACCAUCCAGAACAUAAAUGCUCUACUGGCCCAAAACCACUAAAACCAUCCAGGACACACAGUAGUAUAGUAACAUUUGUUUUUAGAGGCUUUGGGUAUUUCUAAACUGAAUUUUAUCGUUUAUAGUCUUAGGUCUAUAGGUCUGUUUAAUCAAGGAAUAUUGUCAUGUAUAUUGUUUAUAAAUAGAUUAUUAAAUUGUGUAAAGUGAACGGAGGUUUUGGGCCGUUUUAAUCUGGGGAUAUCCUCAAUGAUGAUGUUUUGGGCCUUUCUGAAAUAGGAUUUUUAUAAUGUAUAUUGAUUUUGAUGUUAAUAAAGUCUGAGAGUACGACAGUUUUAUAUU